CUCACUUUCUUUUUCUCUCUCUAGAAAUCAUCCUCAUUUUCUUUCUAUAUUUGUUUGCUUUUUGGGGGUGAUUAUUAUUAGUGAAAAUAUGAUGUGGGUUUUAGUUAAUUAGGAUGAAUUAGUGAGUAACUUCAAAUGGGUUGUGCUAAAAAAACCAAAUCUUUUUUCCUUUUUGGAUGUUUCUCUCUCUAUAAAUCAUUCUCAUUUUCUCUUGUAUGGUGUUUGGGGAUGAUUAUUAGUGAAAAUAUGAUGUGGGUUUUAGUUAAUUAGGAUGAGUUAGUGAUUAACUUCAGAUGGGUUGUGCUAAAAAAACAAAUCUUUUUCCUUUUUGGAUGUUUCUCUCUCUAUAAAUCAUUCUCAAAUUCUCUUGUAUGGUGUUUGGGGAUGAUUUUUAGUGAAAAUAUGAUGUGGGUUUUACUUGACUAAGAUGGGUUAGUGAUCAACUUCAAAUGGGUUGUUAGACUUGUUAGCAAAACAAUGCUCCCUUUUCUUUUUGGAUGUUUAUAUCUCUCUAAAAAUCAUUCUCAUUUUCUCUUGUUUGUUCUUUGGGGAUGAUCAUUAGUGUUUGGGUUUUACUUGAUUAGGAUGGAUUAGUGAUUAACUUUAAAUGGGUUACAAAAAAAUCAUAUUCCCUUAUCCUUUUUGGAUGUUUCUCUAUCUAUAUAUCAUUCUCGUUUUCUCUUGUUUGGUCUUUGAGGAUGACUAUUAGUGAAAAUAUGAUGUGGGUUUUACUUGAUUAAGAUGAAUAAGUGACCAACAUCAAAUGGGUUUUACCUAAAAUUCCACUUCUUUUUUCCUUUUAAGAUUUUUCUUUCUCUAUAAAUCAUUCUCAUUUUCUCACUAUAACUUCUACAUGUUAUUUGGGGAUUUUUUUAGUGAAAAUAUGAUGUGGGUUUUAGUUAAUUAGAUGAAUUAGUGGUUAUCAAAAAUCACACUCCCUUAUCCUCUUUGGAUGUUUCUCUCUCUAUAAUCAUUCUCAUUUUCUUUGUUUUUUAGGAUGAUUAAUAAAGAAAAUAUGAUGUGGGUUUUACUUGAAUAAGAUGAAUUUGUGAAAUGGGUUGUACCAAAAAUCCCACUCUUUUUUCUUGUUGGAUGUUUCUCUCUCUAUAAAUCAUUCUCAUUUUCCCUCUCAUAACUUUUAGUAUAAAUUCUUUCUAGGGAUGAUUAAUGGUAAAAAUGAUGUGGGUUUUUCUUGAUUAGGAUGGAUUAGUGAUUAACUUCAAAUGUGUAUUACCAAAAAUCUCAAUCCUUUUCCCUUUUUGUAUCUUUCUCUAUAGAAACCCCACUUAUGUCCCCUUGUUUUUGUCUCUCUUGAAAGCCCACCAAGUACAAUAAAUCAGAAACACUUCCAAGAAGUAGUAGUAGUUGUAAUUGUUUCAUUUUUAUGAUUGUUAUCAAGUUUUCUGAAAUGGGUAUUUAUUUUUUUUCCAUUAUUGCAGGAGAGUAAGAGGUGGAAAUGGUUGCAAAGUUGGAGAUGAUAAUGGAAGCUUGUAAUUAUUCUUCUUUCGUCUUCACUCUAAAACUCAGAGCUGGUGCAGGGGACCAUUGAAUAUUGAUAGUGUUUUUAUUCUUUUUUUUCCAUGAUUAAUUUGAUGUUGAAAUCUUUUUUGUGAUUUUCUUGGCGCAUUAAAUGAUGAUUAGCUUUAAAUGAUUGUUAAUCUCUUUUUCCUUUUUCUUAUCUUAUUAUUGGUCUUGAUUAUAAUAGCACUCUAAUUUGAUUAUUAUCAUGAUCAACUUGAUUUUUAAGUGCCCUAAUGAUUUAGGCCUUAUUAGAGUAGAGUAUUCAUGAUUGAUGAACUUGUUAUAUUGGGAUUUUCUAGGGCUAGUUAACAAGGGCGAAUUCGAGGUACUAAUAUAGGGAUGUUGAUGUGGGAAGACGGGUUUUGCCGAGGAAGAGGAGUAGCAGAUUGCUUGGACGAGAUGGAUAGUGAAGAUCCGGUCAGGAAGUCCUUCAGCAAAAUGUCCAUUCAGUUAUAUAAUUAUGGAGAAGGGUUAAUGGGGAAGGUUGCUUCUGAUAAAUGUCACAAAUGGGUUUUUAAAGAGCCUUCAGAAUGUGAACCAAAUAUUUCAAACUAUUGGCAGAGCUCAUUUGAUGCUCUUCCUCCUGAAUGGACUGACCAAUUUGAAUCUGGUAUUCAGACAAUAGCUGUGAUUCAAGCUGGUCAUGGACUUCUUCAAUUAGGUUCCUGCAAAAUUAUACCUGAAGACCUCCACUUCGUGCUACGAAUGAGGCAUACCUUUGAAUCUCUAGGCUACCAAUCCGGCUUCUAUUUAUCACAACUUUUCUCCUCAACUAGAAAUGCUUCCUCUUCUUCCACUUUUCCCACAAAGCAGCCCGGCCCUCCUUUGGGCCCUCCUCCGCUCUUCAACUGGGGCCCGCGCCCUAUAUCGUCUCCAGCUCCAAUGCUUGCACCUCCAAAUUUUCAGAGACCUCUUGGAUUCCCGCCUACUAAAGAUGAGCCUCACAUGUUUUUAAUGCCUCACUCGUCCGAAAAUCGGAUGGGAGAAAUGAUGGGUGAACACGAGUCAGAUAUCAAAUGGCCUAAUGGACUUUCAUUCUUCAAUGCUCUCACCGGAAGGGCCGAUGAAGCAAAACUGUUAUUUAGCCCGGAAAACUUGGGACACAAACCCGAUCAAGUUUCUAACCCUGAGGGUCCAAACCCGAAUAUGCAAGGUGCGGGUGGAGGGAACCCAAAUGAGUUCCUAAGCUUGGAUAGCCAUCAAGAACAAAUGAGAAAAAAUAUGGAGAACAAAUUCAAAAGGAGCUUUACAUUACCUGCUAGAAUGACUUCUUCAGCUUCCUCAACUUCACUUGAUCAUCAUCCUCAAAACCCUCCAGAAUACCGCAAUCCCGAAACUGGAAUGUACCCUGAUGUAAUGGAGACAUUCUUGGAUCAAUAAUAAGAGUGGAUGAAUCAAUCUGUUAGAAUGGGAUGAGGGUGUAGGAAACUUUGUAACUAGGUUAUGCUAGUUUUCUUUCUUUUUGUUUAGUUAGUAGGUUUUGUUCUUAGAUUGUUGUUUAUGUACUGUUCUGUUCCUUCUCAGCUUUAGGCUUAUGUUAGUUGUUUUCUUUACUUAUCUUAUGUUUUAACUAAGUUUCUUCACCAAUUUAUUGUAGUUUAUGGGAACAUAAAUUCUAGUUCAAGUUUCCUUGCCUUCUCAA